AUGGAAUUUGCUGCAUUUUAUUACGACAGUGAAAUGGAUUACAGUAAAUAUGGUCUUGUUGGUGGAAUGACGGUGAUUGAAAAUCCAAUGGGAAAUAUAUCAAGAAAUUCUACGACGGCGAAAUUUUUGCAUCAAACAGCAAUUAUUUUAUUGGAUGAAUGUACGAUGACGCAUAAAAAUUCACUUAAAGCAAUACACCUUACAAUGCAAAAUCUACGUGACAACCAAAAAAUUUUUGGUGGUGCAUUGAUAUUAUUGUCAGAAAAAUUGCCUGGUGUAGUAACAUCAUACAAAUCAAUUGAUAGCGCAUUGAAUGAAGAUGAUGCAGUCAACUAUCCAGUUGAAUUUUUGAAUUCAUUGGAACCUCCCGGUAUGCCACCACAUUGCUUGAAUUUGAAGGUCGGCUCAUCAAUUAUUUUACUGCGGAAUUUGAAUGCACCAAAACUGUGCAACGGCACAAGAUUAGCUGCAACAAGAUUGAUGCCGAAUUUAAUCGAAGCCACAAUAUUGAAUGGCAAAGCGAAGGGGGAAGUUAUACUCAUUCCACGUAUUCCUCUGAUGCCAACAGACAUUCCAUUUGAAUUCAAACGAUUGCAAUUCCGCGUGCGCUUAUCAUUCGCAAUGUCCAUUAAUAAGUUAUUAGAUGAUAUUCAAAAUAUAAUAGACAUAAAUAUUGAUAACUACAAUGAAGAUCAGAAUUUAAUAUUAUCUGACAAUGAAUGCAACCUAUUAGAUAAUUUAGAACUAGAAGAACAAGAAAUAGCUGAAGAAUCGUAG